ACAGGGCUGCCUUCAGAUGUCUUCUAAACGUCCGGUAGUUGUUUAUUUCUUUGACAUCUGAUGGGAGUUCAACAGCAACUGGAAAGCCACACGCUUCCCUCCCUCACUGUACUGUGAAAUCACCCUUAAUGUCUGCUUUCUGCUCCUAAACUACUUACUAAUCUAGAAAAUGAUCCUUUCUCUUAAUCUCAUGAUUUACUCGCAGGUUUGGCUGAAGGGCAUGAUGCAGAGACUAGUCGCACUUUUAAAAGUCUCAAAACCAAUGUAUUUUUUUCCCUUCCACUAGACAGCAACAUCUAACCAGACUUUGUGAAAAUGGAAAUGACUUAUCGGCCUGUUGUCACCACCCAGCCGCAAUGCCACACAUCCACGCGGAGUUUUGAGUGGCAGACGGACCUCUGUGACUGCGGCAGCGACUGUCGUGUUUGUCUGUGUGGAACAUUCUGCUUCUUCUGCCUAGGAUGCAAAGUUGCCAAGGACAUGGAAGAAUGCUGUUGCUGUGGACCGAGCGUCGCCAUGAGGACUCGCUACCGGACUCAGUUUAGGAUACCGGGAUCCAUCUGUUGCGACUGCCUCACCACCACUUUCUGUGCUCCCUGCAAUCUUUGUCAGCUCAAGAGAGAUAUCAACAGGAGGAAGCAGCUGGGGAUAUUCUAGAAAGGUGUUCCUGCAUCCACUAACCUGGAUAUUCGUGUGUCCCUGAACUUGAUGUAUUUCAAAACCUGGUGUUGAGAUUUCCGCUCUGCUGCAGUACAGUGUUCAAAACUUGGUAGUCAUCUAACCAGAAAAAAUCCAGCCGAGACAGUUAUUAUUCGUUUUUAGGGGGGUGGAGAGGUUUGAAAACUUCUGGGCCAAUUGCCAGAAUUUGGGGCUGAUUGCUGAAUUAUUUUAAGUAAAGGCAUAAUUUGUUUAAGAGAAGUCACAAAAUGCCAACUCCCAGAUCCAUCGGAGGCAACCAGAUACUGACUGCAUUCCAUUUGCUAUGCACCCGAGUAAGCACACUUGUAAGCUUCGUAAGCCACUCAAUUUUCCACAAAAGAAGCCAGGACAGCAUGCAUGAAGUACAUAUUUUAUCCCUCCCCCUUCCUAUAAAUUAUCAUUGUUGUUGAUUAAAAAAUACCUUUUACUUAUGGUCACCAAUCUAGGCAAUGCACGUUACUAGACAUAAUUUCAUAUCUGUAAUAAUUGUAAUAAUUUUAGUAUAUAUGUAUACUUUUCUCUAGGUUUUUUGGUUUAUUAUUUGUGGACAAAUGCCUCUAUAAAUUUACAUUAGCGGCUUUUGAUGGCUGGUGGUUGAAUAAAUGCCAUUUGGCUGGGUAGCAGCUACAGAAAGUGAGAGAAAGCAUGAAUGUAUCUACUAGCCAGUGAAAGAGUCGAGAGGUUUGCAUCUUUUCAGCUGGCUGUGAAAGGAGCCUUGGCAGGAUCCGAGGACAUGAGUUUAUUUCUGGGGUUGAACUGAUGCUGUUUAAUAGACUACCACUAUCCAUCUCAGAGUUUUCCUGCUCCCCCGUGUUCAGUGUUUAUGCUUUUAAAUAAACAAAUAUUUCAAAUACAA